AUUAAUUCGUUGUCAGUUGCAGCAUUUGCAAAAAUUUUCUCCCAUUCUGUAGGUUGUCUUUUAAACGACACUUAGACUUAGUGGAAAGUUGCAACAAUGAUACAGUGAGUUUCCAAAUGUUUCUCACCCUGCUUCCCUAACUUUAACAUCUUAUAUAAUCCGAGUGCAAUUGUCAAUAAAAGGAAACUCAUACUGAUACUAUAUUAUUAACUGUCACUUUUCUACAUAGUCACAACCCUAGUUCUUAAAGUUAUUCAGUGUUUUAUUAACUUCUUGACCUUGCUACUUUUUGUCUGAUAUUGCUCAAUUUAGGCUUGUCUGCUGUUUUCUCAUGAUUAGAGUGAAGUUAUGCAUUUUAAGCCAAAAUAACACAAACAUGUUCUACCUGUGGGGCAAGAUUUUAGAAAUGUUCAUAUUCUGAAUACUUUAUUUUCCACUAUGAACAUAUUCUGUUACCUGUAUACAUUUUGUGGAGACAGGCAUAGGUAUUCUACCAAUCAAAUUAUCUUCUAUUUAGCCACAUAAAAUGUCCAUUUCUCCCUUAUGUCCACUGAAUUGGUAGGUAUGUUAUAUUCCCAAAUAAGAUGCAUGUAAAAUUCCUAGAAUUCAAAGAAAAAAAUAUCAGUGUUCUCCCUAAUACACUGGGAUGCCAGGCUAUAUGAGGUUAACUCCUCAGAUGAUUUUCCUAUUGAUGCAAAAAUAAAUAGUUGGAUUUUAAAAGAUCUGUGUUCUGGACGAUAAAUAAUCCCUUUGCAUGUACUAUGGUUUCUACUUUAAUCUUGCUCCCUACCAUGCGCCGCCGCCUCCCCCCUCCCCGACUGUUUGGUGGUCACAGUGUCCAUCACAGUGUAGUUUAUGGUGAAGCCACUGUUUCCAGAGUUACUCAGCAGCAUGCGUUGCUUGUCAAUGUAGAAGCCAGGAGAUGAAAUAGCUGUCAGCCUGGUGGGCUUGUGUCUUCCUUGUCUGUGAAGAAGACUGCUUUUUCCUCCCCUGUGAGAGCCCUUGGAGGAGCCAGAGCCCGUGUGGAGGUCGUGGCCGUGAGCCCUGCUGGCGGGGGCCGUGGUCACUUUGUGGCCAUGAGUCCUGCUGGCGGGGGCCGUGGUCACUUUGUGGCUGUGAGCUGGCGGGGGCCGUGGUCACUUUGUGGCUGUGAGUCCUGCUGGCAAGGGCCGUGGUCACUGUGGCUGUGAGCUGGCGGGGGCCGUGGUCACUUUGUGGCUGUGAGUCCUGCUGGCAGGGGCUGUGGUCACUUUGUUUAUACGGGUAGAGCACGCGCUCAGUCCCUGCCAGGGCUCCAUUAUACCGCCUGCUGGGCCCACGCGGGGCUCUGUGGGGAUCCCCGGUUGGGCCGUUUCCAGGCACCUUGCUCUGCCCUCCCUGGAGUGUUUUGUGGUGCUGCGUCUUCAUCCCACCCCUCAGGCUGGAGCCCCAUGUUCCCGGCACCCUGCUGCUCCCUGAAGAACCUGCCCUGAGGGCCCAGUUCUGUGGGUUUCCUCCUGGGACGUGCCCCCUGCAACCCGCUGCCUCAAUCAGGCUCCUGCCCUGUCUUCCUUUAUCAGACCUCACAGAUCUGUGUGUGUGGGUGUGUGCACACAUCUGGUACCCAGCACCACCGUCCUCACCCCAGCAAGGAGCCCUGUUCCUGGCAGGAGUCACCCCCAUCUGUCCCUCUGCCCCGGCCCCCGCCUCCUUCCUGCUUCUGUGGCCUCAUGGAGUCUGGACGGUCCACAUAAAUGGAGUCAGCAGUCUGUGGCCUUGGUCUUCUUUUAAUGGCUGCGUUCUCAAGGUUCAUCCAGGUGGUGGCAAGUGCAGCACUGUAGUCUGUUUUAUGACUGAAUAAUCACCCAUUGGCUGCGUGGACACACCAUGUUUUCUGUAUCUGUCCGUUGAUGGACAUUUGAGUUGUCCCCACCUUUAAUCUGUCAUGAAUAUUGCUGCUGUGAACAUUCAUGGGAGCCGUAUGGGCUGGCCCUGCCCUGCUGCUGGGUGGUGCCAGAGGCUUUGAUGAUGAUUCGAAUCGCAGCCUUAAAUGCUAGCUCCACGGUCGAAGACGAUCAUGAAGGAAGCUGUAAAAGUCACAAGACCCAGACAAAGGAGGCGCAGGAAGCAGAGGCUUUUGCCUUGUACCACAAGGCCCUGGAUCUGCAGAAGCAUGACCGAUUUGAGGAGUCCGCCAAGGCCUACCACGAGCUGCUGGAGGCACGCCUGCUGCGGGAGGCGGUUCCGUCUGGUGAUGAGAAGGAGGGGCUGAAGCACCCUGGGCUGAUGCUGAAGUACUCCACGUACAAGAACCUGGCGCAGCUGGCUGCCCAGCGGGAGGACCUGGAGACGGCCAUGGAGUUCUACCUGGAGGCGGUCAUGCUGGACUCCACAGACGUCAACCUCUGGUAUAAGAUUGGACACGUGGCCCUGAGGCUCAUCCGGGUGCCCCUGGCUCGCCACGCGUUUGAGGAAGGGCUUCGGUGCAACCCUGACCACUGGCCCUGCCUGGACAACCUCAUCACUGUCCUGUACACCCUCGGCGACUACACCACAUGCCUGUACUUCAUCUGCAAGGCCUUGGAGAAGGACUGCUGCUACAGCAAGGGGCUGGUGCUCAAGGAGAAGAUCUUCCAGGAGCAGCCGUGCCUCCGCCAGGACUCCCUCCGCAUGUUCCUCAAGUGUGACAUGUCCAUCCACGAGGUGUCAGUGAGCCCAGCCGAGUCGCAGGCCAUCGUGGACGAGGCCCUGGGGCUGCGCAGGAAGCGGCAGGCGCUGACGGUGCGCGAGAAGGAGCCGGACCUGAAGCUGGUGCAGCCCAUCCCCUUCCUCACCUGGAAGUGCCUCGGCGAGAGCCUGCUGGCCACGUACCGCCACCUCACCACCUGCGAGCCCCCGCGGCCCAGCCUCGGCAAGAGGGUCGACCUGUCUGACUAUCAGGACCCCGGACAGCGCCCCUCGUCCCCUGAGGAGGCGGCGCCCGUCAGCGUGCUCCAGCCACGCCCCGCCAGCGCCAGUCCCGCUGCCUCUGCAGCGGAGCCCCUGCUGUCGUUCACCCCCGUGCCCGCGGCCAGCUUCCCGCUGCACAGCCCCAGCCUGCUGGAGACGGGCGUCCCCCCUGGUGAUGUCUCCGGGGGAGAUAAAUCCAAGAAAGGAGUGAAACGGAAAAAGAUUUCCGAGGAGAGCGGGGAGACAGCGAAGCGGCGGUCUGCCCGCGUCCGAAACACCAAGUGCAAGAAGGAAGAGAAGGUGGACUUCCAGGAGCUGCUGCUGAAGUUCCUGCCGUCCAGGUUGAGAAAGCUGGACCCUGAGGAGGAAGACGACCCCUUUAAUAGCUACGAAGUCCCUCCAGAGGCCAGGCUGGAGAGCUUCCCCAGUGCAGGGCCCCACAGACUGUCCUCCGACUCGGCCACAUUCAUGGAGUCUGAGAAGCAGGACGUGCACACCUUCCUGCUGGGGAACCUGAGCAAUGGGGGCAUCCUGGAGCUGAUGAUGCGCUUCCUGAAGAGCAUGGGCCGCAGGUUCCUGCUGCGCUGGCCGCCCGGCCUGGCGGAGGUCGUGCUCAGCACCUACCACAACUGGCGGCGGCACAGUGCCAGCCUGCCCAACCCGCUGCUCAGGGACUGCAGCAACCGGCACAUCCAGGAGAUGAUGCUGAUGUCCCUCUCCUGCAUGGAGCUGCAACUGGACCAGUGGCUGUUGACCAAGGGCCGGAGCUCUGCAGUGUCUCCUCGGAACUGCCCCGCAGGCGUGGUGAAUGGCAGGUUCGGACCCGACUUCCCAGGGGCCCACUUCCUGGGGGACCUCCUGCAGCUGUCGUUUGCCUCAUCCCAGCGGGACCUGUUUGAGGAUGGGUGGCUGGAGUUUGUGGUCCGCGUGUACUGGUUGAAGGCUCGAUUCCUGGCGCUGCAGGGAGACAUGGAACAGGCCCUGGAGAACUACGCCAUCUGCACAGAGCUGCUGCAGGGCGCGGCUGCCUCGGGCGCUGAGCAGGGAGGCGUGGUCGUCCGCCUGCCCAACCUGCACAACGACUCGGUGGUCUCUCUGGAGGAGAUUGACAAGAACCUGCGGUCGCUGGAGCGGUGCCAGUCUCUGGAGGAGACGCAGCGGCUGUACGAGGCCGGCGACCACCGCGCUGUCGUGCGCCUGCUGCGCCCCACCUUGUGUCCCAGCGGAUUUGACCGUGCCAAGCACCUGGAGUUCAUGACGUCCGUGCCCGAGAGGCCGGCCCAGCUGCUGCUGCUGCAGGACUCCUUGCUCCGGCUGGAGGACCACCGGCAGUGCUUCGAGUGCUCCGAUGUGGCUCUGAAUGAGGCGGUCCAGCAGAUGGUCAAUGCCACCGAGACUGCCGCCAAGGAGGAGUGGGUGGCCACAGUGACCCAGCUACUGCAGGGCAUGGAGCAGGCUCUGUCGGCGGACGGCAGCAUCCUGCAGGACUUGUCCUCCGCCGGUGGCCUCACCCGGCUCACCAACAACCUCAUCCAGGUCAUCGACUGCAGCAUGGCCAUGCAGGAGGAGCCCAAGGAGCCCCACGUGACUUCAGUGCUGCCCUGGGUCAUCCUGUACCGGGUCAUCCGGCAGGAGGAGGACGCCUUCCGCUCCCUGUGCCACCAGCAGCAGCUCCAGAGCCCAGCGGAUGAAGCGUCGGCUGAACCGCCCAUGCUCCCCUCGUCCCUCAUGCUGCUCAACACAGCCCACGAGUACCUGGGCCGGCGGGCCUGGUGCUGUAACUCCGACGGGGCCUUGCUGCGGUUCUACGUGCGCGUGCUGCAGAAGGAGCUGGCUGCGUCCCCCUCGGCGGACACGCACCCGUACAAGGAGGAGCUGGAGACCGCGCUGGAGCAGUGCUUCUACUGCCUGUACAGCCACCCCAGCAAGAAGAGCAAGGCCCGCUACCUGGAGGAGCACUCGGCCCAGCAGGUGGACCUGCUGUGGGAGGAUGCCCUCUUCAUGUUCGACUACUUCAAGCCCAAGACCCUUCCCGAGUUUGACAGCUACAAGACCAGCACCGUGUCCGCCGACCUGGCCAACCUCCUGAGGAGGAUCGCCACCAUCGUGCCCCGUGCUGCGCGGCCCGCCCUGAGCCUGGACAGAGUGUCCGCCUACAUCGAGGGCACCUCUGUCGAGGUGCCCUGCCUCCCUGAAGGGGCCGACCCCUCCCCUCCAGUGGUCAACGAGCUCUACUACCUCCUGGCCGAUUACCACUUCAAGAACAAGGAGCAGUCCAAGGCCGUCAAGUUCUACAUGCACGACAUCUGCGUCUGCCCCGACAGGUUUGACUCCUGGGCGGGCAUGGCCCUGGCCCGGGCCAGCCGCAUCCAAGACAAGCUGAACUCCAACGAGCUGAAGAGCGACGGGCCCAUCUGGAAGCACGCCACGCCCGUGCUCAGCUGCUUCCGGCGGGCGCUCGAGAUCGACAGCUCCAACCUGUCCCUGUGGAUCGAGUUCGGCACCAUGUCCUACGCCCUGCACUCCUUCGCCUCGCGCCAGCUGAAGCAGUGGAGGCCUGAGCUGCCCGCCGAGCUGGUGCAGCAGCUGGAGGAGCGGCGGGACAGCAUGCUGGAGACAGCGCGGCACUGCUUCACGGCGGCGGCGCGCUGCGAGGGCGACGGGGACGAGGAGGAGUGGCUCAUCCACUACAUGCUGGGCAAGGUGGCCGAGAAGCAGCAGCAGCCACCCACCGUGUACCUGCGGCACUACCGCCAGGCCGGCCACCUCCUGCACGAGGAGGCGGCCCGCUACCCCAAGAAGAUCCACUACCACAACCCGCCCGAGCUGGCCAUGGAGGCCCUGGAGGUGUACUUCCGGCUCCAUGCAUCCAUCCUGAAGCUCCUGGGGAGGCCUGAUUCUGGGGUCAGUGCAGAGGUCCUGGUGAGCUUCAUGAAGGAGGCUGCAGAAGGGCCCUUUGCCAGGGGCGAGGAGAAGAACGCGCCGAAAGCCUCAGAGAAGGAGAAGGCCUGCCUGGCGGACGAGGACUCCCGCUCUUCAGCUGGGACGCUGCCGGGCCCCGGAGCCCCCCUGCCCUCCUCUGGCCCAGGUCUGACUUCCCCACCUUACACAGCCACUCCGGUUGACCACGAUUACGUCAAAUGUAAAAAACCCCACCAGCAGGCAACGCCGGACGAGCGCAGCCAGGACAGCUCGGCCGUGGCGCUCUCGGAUUCCAGCUCCACCCAGGACUUCUUCGGCGAGCCCGCCGGCUCCCAGGAGGGCUCCCGGAGGCCCUGCGCAGAGAAGAGGCUGCCCGCUCCCGGCUCCCAAGCAGGACUGCCUGGUAAAGACCUUCCGGUGGCCACAGAGGAAAGAGGGAGAGCUGAAGAGUCGUCGGAGAGCACGGACGGCUCCCGGGCCACCGAGCAGGGCAGCCAGAAGCCUGCCGCCGACCCCCAGGGCCCCGCCAGCGGCCCUGCCAAGCCCCAGACGCCUGGGCCAGCCCCGGCCGAUGGGAGGAAGCGGGCGGACGCGCCUGGGGAGCUGCUGGCCUUCCCCCAGGGGCUGCCUGCCGGGGCGGAGGAGCAGCGGCAGUUCCUCACGGAGCAGUGCGUGGCCUCGCUGCGCCUCUGCCUCGGACGCUUCCCGCAGCACUACAAGAGCCUGUACCGGCUAGCCUUCCUCUAUACCCACAGCAGGACCCACCGGAACCUCCAGUGGGCCCGCGACGUGUUGCUAGGCAGUGGUAUCCCGUGGCAACAGCUGCAGCACAUGCCGGCACAGGGGCUCUUCUGCGAGAGGAACAAGACCAAUUUCUUCAACGGCAUCUGGCGGAUCCCCGUGGACGAGAUCGACCGGCCGGGCAGCUUCGCCUGGCACAUGAACCGCUCCGUCGUGCUUCUGCUCAAGGUGCUGGCCCAGCUGCGGGACCACGGCACCCUGCUCAAGGUCUCCUCCAUGCUGCAGCGCACCCCGGACCAGGGCAAGAAGUAUCUGCGAGAUGCUGACCGCCAGGUCCUGGCACAGCGGGCGUUCAUCCUCACUGUGAAGGUGCUGGAGGACACGCUGAGCGAGCUCACGGAGGGGUCGGAACGCCCCGGGCCCAAGGCCUGCGGCCUCCCCGGAGCCAGAAUGACCACGGACGUCUCCCACAAAGCCAGUCCCGAGGACAGCAAGGAGGGUCUCCCGCACCCCAAGAAGCCCCCUCUGGCUGAUGGCUCAGGGCCAGGCGCUGAGCCAGGGGGCAAAGUGGGCCCCCUCAACCACCGGCCCCUGGCCAUGGACGCGGGGGAGGGCACAGACCAGGCUGGGGAGCGCAGGGACAAGGAGAGCCCCCGGGCCGGCCCCACCGAGCCCAUGGACACGGGGGACGCUGCCGCCCGAGGCCCGGACUCCGAGAGGGGGCCGCCGCCCCUGCAGCCAGGCUGCCCCCCGAGGGACCGGGGCCCUGAGAGCCGGCCCGCCGAGCUGUCCCUGGAGGAGCUGAGCAUCAGUGCCCGGCUCCCACGGCCCAGCCGCAAGAGGAAGCUCCUGGAGGACACGGAGUCCGGCAAGACGCUCCUGCUGGAUGCCUACCGCGUGUGGCAGCAGGGCCAGAAGGGCGUGGCCUACGACCUGGGCCGCAUCGAGAGGAUCAUGUCAGAGACCUACAUGCUCAUCAAGCAGGUGGACGAGGAGGCCGCCCUGGAGCAGGCCGUGAAGUUCUGUCAGGUCCACCUCGGGGCUGCCGCCCAGAGGCAGGCGGCAGGGGACACGCCCACCACCCCGAAGCACCCCAAGGACUCCCGAGAGAGCAUCUUCCCCACCACCGCGGCCCCCGCAGCCCCUGAGCCCGUGCUGGUGGAUGCCCCGCCACGGCCCAGUGACGGCCACACCAAGCCUCGCCCUGUGCCAGCCGCCGCCUCCACCCCAGACCUGGCCAAGGACGCCGGGCCCCCGCGGCCACACCGGCCCGAGGCCGCCCCCAGCACGUCGUCUCUGCACCCAGCAGGCCUGUCGCUGCGCGGAGGUGUGGGCGCCUCCUGCCCGGUGACCCCCAAGUGCCGUCUACACCCCCCGCCCACCAUGUUCCUCCUCCCACGGAGGCUCAGCAGAGCGCAGGGUCUGGACCCCGGGCUCACGCGCCGUCUUGGCGGGGGAGAGGAGCCGGUGGGAGGCGCAGAGGGCCCGGGCUUCCCGCCCCAGGAGCCGCGGGACAGUGAGCACCUGAAGAUGGCUGCGGAGGCCGCCCCUCAGACCAGCACCCAGCCCGCCUGCAGCCAGGACGGGAAUGGUUCGGGUGGUGCGGAGCCCAAGUUAGGACGCCUGGCCGAGGAGCAGUUCGCCCGGCCCAGAUGGAGCAGGGCGGGGAGGCCGGGGCAGCCAGUGGCCAGCUCCAAGGCGCCUGGCGGUGGGAGUGCCCCACCCCCCGAGGGCCCCCCGGGCAAGGCUGAGCCUGGCCGGGCCAAGUCACGCCUGCUGCCCAACAUGCCGAAGCUGGUCAUCCCCUCAUCCACCACCAAGUUCCCCCCUGAGAUCACUGUCACACCGCCCACCCCGACCCUGCUCUCGCCCAAAGGCAGCAUCUCGGAGGAGACCAAGCAGAAGCUGAAGUCGGCCAUCCUGUCCGCGCAGUCGGCUGCCACGGUGCGGAAGGAGAGCUUGUGCCAGCCGGCGCUGGAGGUGCUGGAGACGUCGAGCCAGGAGUCCUCUCUGGAGAGCGAGACGGACGAGGACGAGGACUACAUGGACAUCUGAGGGCCCGCCCCGGCCCCGCCCGGCCCCCGAGCUCUGCAGGGCCUGCGUCCUUUUUAUGACAUGUUGACUUUGUAAACGUGCCCCCUCCCCGCCGUGUCCACGUUCCGCAGGCUCUGCCUGGGUCACAGCGGUGGAGGGUCCUUUUUUUUGGUUGCUUUUCUAAUAAAGAUGAAACAGUCA